AUGGUAGGCUAUGGUGGAGCCGCAGACGGAACAGCCUAUAACCCUCAAAGUCAAAUGAAUUUGAGUUCACUCAAAAAUCAAAUAGCAGAUGUCAAAAAGUCAAACAUAGACAUACAGAAGCAAAUAGGUGAAAACGAAAAGAAACUAGAAUAUGACAGACACACAAAGAAACUCAAUGAGUUAAACGUAGAGAAAAAGAAGAAAGAAGAACAACUGAAAGAACUAAGUACAGAGGAAUAUGCGAAAAAAGUGUCAGAAAAAGCAGCAGAAGUAGCAAAAAUGGAACAAGAUGUUGUAAAUUUGAAAAACCAUACUACUCAAUAUAAAGUACUGAAAGAUGAAGAGAUAAAACAAAAAGCCCUGAAGACAUAUAUGGAUAGCGAUGAGUAUAAAAAAGAAGUUGAAGCAAAUGUAAAGGCAGAAAAACUUUUACAGUUGCAAAACCAAACCGUACAGUAUGAAAACUUAGCACAAGAAAGUAAAAAUAACGACGCAGCCAUGCAAAAGGCAAUGAAAAGCGCAGAAUAUAUAAAAGCUAACAAUGACUGGUUAGAUGCCCAAGCCAACGCUAAAGCAGCCCAGCUUAUAGGGUCAAUAAGGACAAAAAUACAAGCGGAUGAAGACAGUUCAAAUGAAGCUUUAACAAAUGCUGACUUUAAGAACGCCUUCGAAGCUCUUCAUAGUAAGGUGAAACUAGUG